GCAAAUUUGUUGUUAACUUUGGUCAUGUAAAAAUAAAUAGGUUAGAAGGGACUUGCAUGAGGCAUGACUGGUGGGAGUCUAAUCUUAAAGCUUAAUCUCCAUGGCCAUAAGGCUUUAUGACAUGCCUGGAAUGGACCAGUAACAGUGGAUUCGGAUGGCACCAGGGCAAAGAUUAAUCAGCGUCACAUUAUUUAAAGGCCAUCUUAAGACAAAGUCCCUAAGUUGACUCCGUUUCGGCCACAGGAUGAGGCGGCUUAGAUGUUCUUGGAGCUCCUUGAAACCCCUAAUUAUCAUCAUCACGCCACUGGCUUUGCUACCGCUGCCACUGGUCAUCAGAAAAAAGGAAGCAGAAUGUGCGUAUAUCCUUAUAUUAAUGGCUGUAUACUGGAUGACGGAGGUCUUGCCUCUGUCUGUGACAGCACUUCUCCCCGCGCUGCUUUUCCCUCUUUUUGGGAUUAUGAAGUCCUCACAGGUUGCAUCGGUAUAUUUCAAAGACUUCCACUUGUUGCUUCUUGGUGUCAUCUGUUUAGCAACAGCCAUUGAGAAAUGGGGUCUUCACCGGAGAAUUGCCCUCAGAUUGGUGACUGGACUUGGAGUCAAUCCUGGCAUGUUGAUGCUCGGGUUCAUGGUUGGCUGUGCUUUCCUCUCCAUGUGGCUGAGCAACACCUCAACUGUGGCGAUGGUAAUGCCAAUUGUGGAGGCAGUGAUCCAGCAGGUUUUGAAUGCAAGUGAAGAGACCAGCAAGGACCACAAGGGGGCGUUAAACGGCAUCUCCAACCCUGCUCUUCAGCUUGAAGAUAUUGAGGCCCAGCAUGAUCAGUCUGAGAAGAUAAAAAGCAUCGAAGCAGGGAUUACAGAGCCAGUUCAGACAGCUCCUGAGGAACCAGAAACUGUUAAGGCGCCUCCACCAUAUAAUGGAAAGUACAGGACCCGUGAAGAUCACAUGAUGUGCAAAGGCUUGUCACUUUGCAUUGCCUACUCCUCAUCCAUUGGGGGGAUGACCACAUUAUCAGGAACAUCCACAAACCUCAUCUUUGCUGAAUAUAUCUAUCAGUACUACCCAGAUUGCACCGUCAUUAAUUUUGGGAACUGGUUCGUGUUUUGUCUUCCCAUCUGCUUAAUUAUGCUGAUUUUGUCAUGGAUAUUCCUGCACUGGAUGUACCUCGGAUCCAACUUUCGUGCCAGUCUGUGCUCCAGACAGCGAUCCGAAAAGGAAAACACUGCCAGAGUGCUCCGGGAUCAGUACAACUCACUAGGGCCCAUAAGCUGGCAGGAGAUUAUCACCAUGAUCAUCUUCAUCCUGAUGGCAAUUUUGUGGUUUACAAGAAACCCAGGUUUCAUGCCUGGCUGGUCGUCACUGUUUCCUGAUUACCCAGGAUACGCUACGGAUGCCACUGUAGCGCUGUUGCUGGGUUUCACGUUCUUCAUCAUCCCCGCGCACAAACCAAAUGCAGAGCGCUACGAGGCCUUGAUAACGUGGAAGGACUUCCAGGCCUGUAUGCCAUGGGAGAUCAGUCUGCUUGUGGGUGGUGGUUUCGCUUUGGCUGAAGGCACAAAGAUUUCUGGUUUAUCGACUUGGGUUGCUGAAUUGCUGACUCCCUUGGGAAGUCUUCCUCCUUUAGCCACUGUCACCAUCGCCUGCCUUAUUGUCACCUCUAUCACAGAGGUGGCCAGCAAUCCUGCCACGAUGACAAUCUUUUUGCCCAUUCUAGCCCCCUUGGCUGAGGCAAUUGGAGUCAACCCUCUGUACAUGCUGAUUCCCACGGCCCUGUGUGUGUCCUUUUCAUUCCUGCUUCCGGUUUCUAAUCCUCCUAAUGCCAUUGUCUUCACAUAUGGUCAUCUGACAACCAUGGACAUGGUGAAGGCAGGGCUGGGCGUAAAUGUUAUAGGUGUGCUCACAGUCCUAUUGGCUCUUACCACAUGGGGAACACCUCUGCUUAACCUGGACACUUACCCAGACUGGGCACCGGUUGUAAACGGCACUGGAGUAUGACCAUCUCUGUGAAUAUUUUACAAAUGUGGACAUUUAGUUUUCAAAUUACAUGGGAUCCCUUGACGUUUGCUGAAUUGUUGACAGAUGUAUUACUUAUUUGGAUUACUUGGGCAGGAUUGUAUGACCAGCUUGGAUUAGGCAAUACAACAGACUGAAAGCUUUGGGUUCCAUGAGAUGUUCAGUUUGAACGUCAUUUUUUGUUUAUAUGUUUUUGUAUUUUAAGCAUUUUAAUAAUCUUUGUCAUCAAUGGCUUAAGUCCAUGAUUCCUUUUACUUUUUUUUCCUUUUCUUUUUUUGAGGGGUUCAAAGAGACCAGUAAAAGCUAAAAAUAGGAUGUUUGGUGUACAAUUCAACAGUGCAAUUUUUGUACAAAAUAUAUUAUAUUAAAGAUAUUUCUUUAGCUUUAAGCAGAGUUUGCAUGACAGGGUUAGUCCCGUCAGCUCACAUAGCACUUAAUGUUUUAUAGAGUUGUAUAUUUUUGUUAUAUGCUAGCCUGUACAUAUAUACAUGUAAGUGAACUGUAUGAGUAGAAUGUUGAAAUUCCAUUGUGAACAAAGGAGAUCUAAAGAGUAUAACCGAAAAAAUUUUCAAGAAAGUACACCGUCUCACUUUCAACAUCAGACACAAACUCGAACAUAACAGUGGCUAGAAAAUAAUAGCUAUUGAUUUUAGGUGUGUUACUCAGCUGUUUGGCUUCUUGCAAAAAGUGAGCAUUUCUAGCAUCAGUCAGAGAAUUUAUCAUUUAACAGAUAAAUUUGGUUUUAAACUUUACUGUUUAUGUUUGUUUCUAUACUAUUUGAAAAUUCGCUCUUACAGAAUUUUGUAUUUUGAAUGGAAACUCAACAUCAAAUUUGGUUGACAUCCAUUGUUCACUGUAUGUGCUUCAUGUAAAAUGUUUCUUGUUACGACUAAAACUGUGAGACGGUUACUUUCUGUCUUGUGUGUUCUUUGUGUGUUUCACUGUUUUGACAAGAAAAAAAACAUUUAAAUAAACAUCUGGAACCAUUCACAGUCA